GGUUCAGCGUUCACAGCGGUGGCCGACUGAAUUUCCUGUACCUCACUUUGCCUAUGACACAGAGCUUAUGCUUGCCUCAGGAAAUGAAGCAUUCAACAAGAAUGGAAUUCCACUCAACUUUACCUCAAUUCUUCCAGACAUUCUUGAGAGGCUGGCAGAAAGUGUCUUUCAGUAUGUUGCUUACCCAACAAGCGCACAGAUUUCAAAGGUUGCUGAGGCACUAAUCCAGAAGCAUCCUUGCCUUAGAGAACCGGGAUCAUAUAACGGAUGCUAUGGAUGGCAACAGAGAUUAAAAUAUAAAAUGGCAAACUAUAGAACCAAGUUGAGAGGGCUUGGAUGCCCUGAACUUGAUGUGAACUCUCUCAGAAAGAAGCGAUCACAUGAGAAAGCACCUGCGAAGAAUGUUAAAAAGCCAAAAAAGUCAGAAGUGAACUAUUUACCCCCUCACCCGCACGGAGAAACAGAAGAAAGUUUGGAAUGUGAAAGAGUAGAGCUCCUCAAUGAAGUAAAGAAGAGGGACAACAGCCAGAUCAUCAGCGAAAAAAUGGCGAAGACAUUCUCCAGUCGAAGGCAGGAAGUUGUCAACCAAGCACCAGCAGUCAAUGACAUGAAAGAAAGAUGGCCUGCUCUUUUUGACACAGCUCAGAUAAACCAAGAAUUCAGAAGGAUCACCACUGUUGCCCUGGAAACCACAUUUAUGGCAAAGCUGGACCAUUACUCUCCGAAAUUGAUGUCCUUGCUGUUCUCAAGGGGGGGGACUGCAAAAACGAAGAUUCAGCGCAUCCGUAACAUGCUGCUAGAGGAUGAGUCUGUGGAGACAAGGAGAGAGGCUGCUAUCCGUGGCUUGGUGGUGUACCUUAGGGAAAAGGAGGAGGAUCUCUUCAGAGAACAGGAUGGUGACGAGGACAUUACAAAUGAUGUAAUGAAGAUUGUGGUAACCAGAGGUGCCAUGGUGUCUAAUCCAGCCACCGCAACAAUAAUUCUUGAGGGAACAGAAGUCCUGGCGGACCUGGAUGUACCCAGGGCCUGUGCCUUGCUCAUGGGGCUGAUAUACGCUCUUAAUCUCAGCUACCCAAAAGAACUGAAAAAUACCUUUGAAGUGUUUCAAAAGAUAUUCCUCGAGCUGGAUGAUCUCAAAGCAAGCCCAAAGGUAAUGUCACUGAAAAGUAAACUGCUGUUCUAAAAUAAAUGUGAAGGGUGAAGUUAUCCAUCAAAGAGUUAACUGCAAAGUUGAAUGUUGUUUACAGUACCUUGUGUUACAUACCCUACAGAAGGAGUAAAGCUAAGUUCAUUGAGCUUAAAAUGCAUGUAGCUUAAAAUAGUGCACUUUUUGCAAGUUUGGCACAAAAAUGCAAGUGACUUUGUUAUAAUUUAUUUUGUUUUUUUUUUAUUUGGGUUAUAUGACAUUUUCAAAAUGAGUGUAGUACACACAGAAAACAGUGUUCAGCUCGCUUCACCUAUGGAGAAGCAGAAGCAAAAGUCUUUUUGAGUUUACUUUUUUUUUUUUUACACUUUUUUAUGUGUCAUUUUUCAAUAAACAUAUUGCAAGUUUGGCACAAAAAUGCAAGUAACUUUGUUAUAAUUUAUUUUGUUUUGUUUUUUAUUUGGGUUGUAUGACAUUUUCAAAAUGAGUGUAUUACACACAGAAAUAUGUGUUAUGUGUUAUUUUUCAAUAAACAUAUUGAUUAUAUAACUGGAAUUGUAAUGUGUUAUUUAUUCCAACAUAGAAAAAUAAGUUAGUAGUACUAAAAAAAUUAAGGUAGCAAUUUGCAUGACUUUGACUUUUUUGAAUAGAAUGAAAGUAAAGAAAUAAGUUAGAAUAACUAGCUGGAGUAGUUUUUGCACAAUUAAAAUUAAGUUGGCUCAACCU